AUGGCGUGUGGAGACAAGGAUUCUGAUGAGAGGAUAGCAAAGGCCUUGCUCAAGAAGGUCGUUAAGGAGGAUCUGAUAGACAUUCCCUUAGAGGAUGUCUCGUUCCUCACCCUCGAUGCUGUGGAAGUACAGAAUGAGGAGGAGGAAGAGCUUGUGAAGAAGGGGUUCACAGUGGUCUGCGAAAUUGGUGAAAAACUACAGGAUGACGAGGAGAUCCAAGAUGACAUAAAGGGGCUUGUACAAAACUUCAAUAACGGAAUAGCAAAGGCCAAGGAGAUAUUUCAGGAGAACUUGAAUGUGAUGUUUCAGGGUGGCAUCACCUGGGAGAAGAUUGUUCGUUUACUCUAUUUUGUUGGCAAGGUGGCAUACACAAUGGUCAAGUCAAAGGGGAUGGCUCAGUCAUUGAUGGAGCUCCUGAUUUGGAUUCUGGACUUUUUCUUAAAAGAUCUCCUGCUCUGGAUUCGAGGACAUGGAGGAUGGAUCGGCUUUGAAUCAGCUGUUGUCUGA